AUGUUUGCUGAGAUAAAAAUUGGUAUUACAACGGUAUAUCAGUUGAUAACGCGUCGACGUUUCGAACAAAUAAGUGUGCUGGAAGGACAGAAUAUCUUAGUGACAAUUAGUGGCCGUAAACGGAGGAUACGGGUCUAUUACCUUUCAUGGCUCAAACAAAAAAUACUCCGAACCGAAGGUGUGAGUGGUGUUGAGGCAUUCAGUCAGCUUGCACAUUUGCCACUGAUAGUCGAUUUAACAGUGGAGGAGAAUGCACGACUGAAAGUGCUUUAUGGAUCUCGAGAGGGAUUUCAUGCAAUCGAUCUUGAUUCCGGUUCCAUAGAUGAUAUUUAUACACCGCCAAAUACUGAAACAGCCGUUUCGCCGCAUUGUAUCGUCAUUUUACCGAACACGAAUGGAAUGCAGUUAUUGCUAUGCUAUAAUAAUGAGGGAGUCUAUGUGACUACCUACGGAAAAGCUACCAAAAAUGUGUUCUUGCAGUGGGGAGAGACCCCGUCUUCUGUUGCUUACAUUUCGACGGGUCAAAUAAUGGGUUGGGGUAAUAAAGCUAUUGAAAUACGAUCCGUUGAAACUGGUCAUUUGGAUGGAGUGUUCAUGCACAAGAAAGCGCAGAAAUUGAAAUUUCUUUGCGAACGUAAUGACAAGGUGUUCUUCUCGAGCGCGAAAGGAGGCGGCUCGUGUCAAAUCUACUUUAUGACUUUGAAUAAGCCGGGAUUGUCGAAUUGGUAG